UUGUAAUUUGCCAUUCUCUGCAAGGCUACAAUCCAGGGACCUGAGUCGCAGCCAUCUUGCGUAAACCUCUGUAGUUACGGAGUUUCUUGCGAGCUGAAUUCAUUAUUACGACAGAAUGGAUGUAGAGGAUGAUGUUGUUAUGUCAGAUGACAAUCUGGAAGGUGAUUGUGGGAGUGACUUUGGUGAUGGCGUGGCCUUUCCAAGUGAAUGGACUGUGCUUGAUGAAGCAGAUGAAGAUGGUGACAUGGCAAACAUGACUGUGGUGGAAGAAGUUGGGGAUGACGAUGAGGAUGUACAGAUUGUGGAAGAAAAAACUAUAAUACCUGCAAAGAAACCUGCACCAAAAGUUUCACCCAAACCCACACCCAAACCGACAGAUAGUACAAAAGGCAAAACUGACCGUAAGAGUGUGAGCAGUAAAACAGAUACGGCAAAAGUGACUGAGAGCAAACCAAAAGGCAAGGUUGAUGAUAAAACUACUGCAGCACCCAAAGCCUCGGCUAAACCUGUUCAAAAGUCACCUGCUGAAAAAAAGCCAGCUGUUGAGAAAAAAGGCUCGGUGGACAAGAAACCUGCUGUUGUGAAGAACGUGGCUGAAGAGAAGAAGCCUGAAGAUGAUGAUUUAGAAUCUAUUGAAGGGGAUAUGGGAGAUGAAGAUAUGGAAACAAACAAGAAGAAGGAUACUCCAGUAAAGUCCACGAAACAGUCUCCUGCCAGAUCAGAAGCUCCACCACAGAAGGACUCUUCUGGGAAAACUCCUUCAAGCUCAUCUAAGAAAGAUGAACCAAAAUCUGGAGUGAGCGAUACUAAAAAGCCAGCCUCAUCACCAGCUAAAAAAACAACACCUUCAAAGAAAGUACCUGAAAGUUCAGAGUCAUCACAAAAUGCAAAGCAAGAAGCAUCAGUUUUAAAUGAUGAUAAGGAUGAUGAUGUGAAGACAGCAGAAAAGAAAGCAGAUGAGGUUGAAGCCAGAAUUAAACGAGAUAUUCAGAGGGAAAAGGCAAAGGACGUGUUGGCUGAAGUAUUCUCGACAAGUGUGAUCCAGAUGUUGACUGAAAGAACAAGUGAACUUACAGCCAAGCUGAAGAUGGCGCUGGGAGAUCUUGAAAUUUCUGAAUUGGAUGCAGAGGAAAAGUCUUGGGACCGCACAGCCAAGUGGUAUGUGAAGGUAUCGCCAAUGGUACAGGAGGACAUGGCUCAUGUGGGGAUAAAGAAAGCGAUGAAUAUUUCCCAGGACUCAGCAUUCUUCUUUGUUGGCAAGGGUAACAAACGUGAAGGACAGAUGAUGUUCCUCUUCAACCAGUACAAGGAUGUGCAGCUGAUUGUCAACAAGCUGUCAUGUGUACCAUUCAGCUCUGAGGUCAUUAAUCUGGUUCUGAAGAGGAAGAAGAGUAAAACAAAUGUAGACGCUGAAGUUGGUGAAGUGUCCAUUUACACCAACUCUGCUGCUAACCUGACUAUUCCCAUCCGGGGAAAAGAAUGGGUUGGAGACGGAAAACUUAAAAAUAGACGAUUAUGCCUCUGUAACGUCCCAGUGGGAACAUCAAGAGAGAUGAUUGAAGUGAUGGUGCCCUACACACUUAGUGUAAAGUUCCAGACAUUGAAGGCUGGAGAGAGAGCUGGAAUUGCCACAUUGGAGUGUUCAAGCACAGCAGUGGCGAGGUCUGUGAAAAAGUGUUAUGCAAGCAUCAAACUUGGCAGUCAUGAUGUUGUACUUCGCAGAGAUGUGAAUGAUGACAAAGAAGAAAAAGAAAAAGAAACGGCCAAGCCUAAGCCUGCCAAUUCCUCUGCUUCAAGUCGCAAAGAUUCCCCUUCACGAAGAGAGCGAAGCAAAUCAGACAGUCGUUCUCACAGAAGCCAAAGCAACUCAAACCAGCGGAGUGACCAUGGUAACAGUAGAGAUGCCAAUAGGAAUAUCAAUAGGAAUAUCAACAGGAAUACAAACAGAGUUGAACGAUCUGGCAGGAAGGUGGAUACGAAAAUCAGUCUUAGACAGGAACAGGCGAAAAAGAUUCGCGAGCGUAGUCGCCAGUUCUUAAAUCAGAGUGUCACAAACCAGAAUCGUCUAAACAUGUCCAUGCAGAAAAGGCCCAUUCAGAGCGCACCAAAUCAGAAGAGACCUACUCCUAAUGAGGUCAUCAGACGCAGUAUUCAAGAGAGGGCCAUGCAAAAGAUACAGGAGCAACAGCAGCAGGCAGCAAUGCAGCAGCAACAGCAGCAGAUACAGAUGGUGAGACAACAGCAGAUAGCUCAGGCUGUGCAACAGAACAACAUGGCCAUAGCAACAUUCCAGGCUCAAGCUCAGGCCAAGAUGCCAAUGAUGGAAGGAACAGGUGAUGGUCUGCUGGGGCCUGUUCCAAUAUCUAGAGCACAGAACGCUCAGCAGAACAUGCCUUCUCAUAUUCAGAUAAUGCCAGAGAUGAACUCCAACAUUAUGGUACAGCAGGAAAGGGAGAGAAUGAGAAGUGGUUCUUCAUUGAACAGGGAGAGCAUGGAUUCUAUGGGAAGAGACAACAUGGGUAGACACAACAUGGUCAGAGACAACAUGGUCAGAGACACCAUGGGCAGAGACAACAUGGGUAGAGACAACAUGGGUAGAGACAACAUGGGCAGAGACAACAUGGGUAGAGACAAUAUGGGUAGAGACACCAUGGGCAGAGACACCAUGGGCAGAGACAACAUGGGUAGAGACAACAUGGGUAGAGACGACAUGGAGAGAAAUAUGGAAGGCAUGAGAAGAAACAGUAUGGAACGUAUGGGGAGAGACAGCUUUGACAACAUGGGCAGAAAUAAUAUGGAAGACAUGAGAAGUAGUAUGGAUGGCAUGGGAAGAAAUAAUGUGGACGUAAAGAGAGGGAGUAUGGAAAUGGGGAGGAGUAAUAGGGCUCAACUGGACAAUUCUUAUGGCCAACAGAAUGAACCUGCAAGAGGUGAUAAAUAUGGACAGGAAAAUCAGUAUAGAAGUGGAAUGGACUCUGGAUUUAAUCGGCCACAACUGAACCGAAAUGAACCAUUGUCGAAUCUUGGAGGCAUGAGAAAUGAGCCUGGGAGGAUAGAAACAAAUCGCGCUGCUGGAGCUUGGGCUCAGAGAUCUCCGAGAGGUCCCGAGACUUCUACCUUGUCGCCGAGAGUAUCAUCCCACUCCCCAGCCCGAGGGCAGGAUACAUACGACCGAGGACAGAACAUGCCCUAUCAAGAACAGAGGCAGGAAGUAAGGGAUCAGGACUGGGGUCGAGGCUAUGCUGAUACCCAACUGAAAUCGGAUGAUGCCUAUGUGAUUGACGAGAGGAGGCCAGAAGCUGAGAGACGAGGAGAUACAUGGAAUGCCAACUACUCCCAGGAUUUAACAUAUGGAAGAGGAACAGAAGAUGCAUAUGGUGCAGGAAUGAAGCGUCCAGGUCGUGGGAUGGGUGAAGUUAAUAUCAAUGAGAAACGACAAAGAAUGGAUCAGGAGAGAAUAUCAGAUAUCAGAGAGGACAAUUACCAGAUUCAGGACAUGGAUUGGUCGAGAAAAGAAACAGGAGUAUCUGAACAGCUGGGUUAUAAUGGCAAAAGACAGCAGAAUCAGACCUGGGGUGCUGGGAUGAACCAGCAAGGUGACAUUGGUGCUACAGAUGGGUUCAAGGUUCACGACUAUGACCACGGACACAUGUCACAGGGGGAUGACAUGUACGAACAGAACCGAACAGACAGUAGCUGGAACAACUCAACUAGUAUGAUGCAAAACACUGGUGCAAGGCCAGGUAUCCUGAAGAAAGGUCUCCAGCAACAACAGAAUUAUAACCCGAGGACACAAAACCAGCAGCGCCCACAGAAUCAGCAGCGUCCCCAGAAUCAGCAGCGCCAGCAGAAUCAGCAGCGUCCACAGAAUCAGCAGCGCCAACAGAAUCAGCAGCGUCCCCAGAAUCAGCAGCGUCCCCAGAAUCAACUACGUCCCCAGAAUCAGCAACGCCAACAGAAUCAGAAGCGUCAACAGAAUCAGCAGCGAGGUCAAGGUCAGCAGGACAUGAUGCAGCAGCAGAGGAUGCAGCAGCAGAUGAUGCAGGCAGCUGGAAGGUUCCAACCAAAGAUGGUUCUUUUGCCUACAAGACUCCUGCCAGGAAUGAAAAGGAAAUAGAGUAUUCAGUUGACCAGAUGAAGAUUCUUUGCAGUGACGUGCACAGUAAUAUGGAUAGUGCUAACAUGGACAAUCACUUUUUGUGUGAUGAGAGUGGAAUUCUACUUCCACCAAGCCAACAUUUGCAUGUUGAAAUAUACAGGAGACAGCUAUGAAUCCUGUGUUGUAUUCAUUGAGCAACCACAUACUGUUCACUUGAAUCUUAUACUUCAAAAAUUCCUUGUGGAAAUCGUGAUAAUUUUAUGCUCUCAUUCUGUGUCAUUCUGCGAUGUGUCCAUGCAUCAUCAUCAUGUGUGCUUCAAUCUAGGGCUAGACAAUGUAAUUGUGAAAUUACAACAUUAUUUCAGUAUUAUUCAUUAAAUGUUAGACUGAUACACAUCUUAUGGUUUGAGCUAGCAGACAAAGCAGUGUUUUAACCACUGAGAUGUUAGGUCUGCCAACUGAACCACAAUUUACAUUUGAAGUAGAAUGGACAAAAUUGGAUCCACUUUUUUUGCAAGAAAUACCUGAAAUUGAGACAUCACAUGGUGAUUUAAACAAAUUGUGAUAUCCCGCAUGUCGAUUUGAAAUAGUUAUGAGUUUCUUAUUGCUUGUUUUGAUAUUAUAUGUACUACUUCCUUAAACUUGUUUUCAUGAGCAUUGUUGUCGUUUAGCUUAAAUAAGACACACAAAUUUUAGAAGAUGAUUUUAGUGUAUAUGUAUGACAAAACUACGUGAUUAUAUAUUAGAUGUUGAGUUGUAGUUUUCCUGUACAUGAACUUUAAGAAAAGCACAUGUGUUGUACUUAAGGUUUCACUGAGCAUACAUUUAUCAAAGUUAUUUUUUUGUAAAGAGCACAAAGUGCUUGAAGGAACUACCUUUUGGUGUGUGUCAUUCAUCAGGGUCAUGAGAAUCAUUCAUAUUAACAAUACUUCAGGUAUGUUAAACUUGAUUUCAUACUCAUCAGUGUCAUCAAGGGUUGAAUACUGUCUGGAAGGUAUCCAUUAAUCACUCUUUGUUUUUCUUUCCCUCACAUGUGAUGUAAUCAUAUCAAUGUAUUUGUCAAAAUAAAUGUUCCUGCAUA